ACCGUGGAAAAUGUGAUGCUGGUGGCACCUGGAGUUCCCAGUCUGGGCUUGACUGUCACAGCUAAGCUGGCGCCCAUGCGGCUGUACACGCUGUCCAAGCGCCACUUCGUCCUCGUGUUCGUCGUCUUCUUCGUCUGUUUUGGCCUGACCGUCUUCAUCGGGAUCAGAGGGCCCAAAGUGAUCCAGACUUCUGCAGCUAAUUUUUCACUAAAUAAUAGCAAAAAGAUAAAGCCAAUUCAAAUACGUUCGAAUCCACUGUCUAAAUAUAAUCAGCAGCUGUGGCUGACAUGCGUUGUGGAGUUGGACCACUCAAAAGAAACGUUCAGUCAGAUAAGCUUUCCCAUGACUGUUAAAGUGAGCGGGGUUGCUCAAGAUGGAACCACCACGUUCAUUAACAGCAAAGCGCACAACCGGACGAGGACCCUCACGUGCGCGAGGAAGUGUGCAGAAAUCAUCGUGGCUCACCUCGGCUACUUGAAUUACACUCAGUACACAGUGAUUGUGGGAUUCGAACACCUGGACGUGCCCGUCAAGGAAAUGAACUUUAUAUGGAAGACGUAUAACUCUGCGUUUUCCAAGCUGGAGGUCUGGUUCCGGUUCGUCUUCGUGGUGCUCACCUUCAUCGUUACCUGCCUGUUUGGCCACUCCCUCCGGAAGUUUUCCAUGAGGGACUGGGGGAUCGAGCAGAAGUGGAUGUCCAUUCUUUUGCCUCUGCUGCUGCUUUACAACGAUCCCUUCUUCCCGCUGUCCUUUCUGGUGAACAGCUGGUUCCCGGGCAUGCUCGACGACCUCUUCCAGUCCGUGUUCCUGUGCGCCCUGCUGCUCUUCUGGCUGUGCGUGUACCAUGGCAUACGGGUCCAGGGAGAAAGGAAGUGUUUGACAUUCUAUUUGCCUAAAUUCUUCAUUGUUGGACUAUUGUGGUUGGCUUCUGUUACACUAGGAAUAUGGCAGACAGUUAAUGAGUUACACGAUCCGACAUACCAGUACCGAGUGGACACGGGAAAUUUUCAGGGAAUGAAAAUGUUCUUCAUGGUGGUGACAGCGGUCUACAUUUUAUACCUCCUGUUCCUGAUAGUGCGGGCCUGUUCUGAGCUACGUCACAUGCCUUACGUGGACCUCAGGUUCGAAUUUCUGACUGCGUUGACUUUCGUCGUGCUUGUCAUUAGCAUUGUCAUCCUUUAUUUAAGGUUUGGAGCACAGGUAUUACAAGACAAUUUUGUAGCUGAACUGUCAACUCACUACCAGAAUUCAGCUGAGUUCCUGUCCUUGUACGGCUUGUUGAACUUUUACCUCUACACGCUGGCCUUCGUGUACUCUCCGUCGACGAACGCCCUGUAUGAGUCCCAGCUGAAAGACAACCCUGCGUUCUCUAUGCUGAACGACUCUGAGGACGACGUCAUCUACGGGAGCGACUAUGAAGAGAUGCCCCUGCAGAACGGCCAAGCCAUUCGAGCACAGUACCAGGAGGGCUCUGACAGUGACUGAGCACCUGGCGGUGGCAGGUGUCCGGGGCCUGCUGCCCUGAGCGACCAUCCUGGCUUUCCCUGCACCUGCCCAGAUUCAGACUCGUCUCAUAAGCAGAGAUUUCCUGGUCCUUAUUUGGUUACGUAUCUUUGAAAGGAAAGCCAAAACUAAGGACAAAUUUAAAGAUUGGCCCAAAUUUGUUAGAGCGGCUGCCUUUAUUUGGGAAGAGAGGCGCUAACGAUAAGGUUAAACAGCCAAAUCCCCGUUCAAAGACAUCAGACGGAGCUCGCUCUUUUCAGUGGCGAAAUUACUCCUGGUUUUAGCGGAGAGACGUGUGUCCUUAUUUAAAUAACAGAUUCUGCGUGCGAGGGGGGCCCACAGCAUGGGACACACCUCUUCUUCCUUUCUUCCCGGCUCCAUGGUACCAUCGUUUUUGACCCCUCACAAGGACACUGCGCUCUGGCUGACCAAGCAUCUUAAGUGACUGGCAGCCCCCCUCGUCGUGUGAAGGAACAGCUGCUUGGGGAAACCGUGGGCGGGCAGGUUCUGGCCCUUCCACCACCAGAGCAGGACUAGUGCGUGGCGUUCUCAGGAGGGUUUGGUACGGUUUCCAGGGCAAGGGUAAGAUGACUGACACGCUGCCGGCCCCAGGGGAAAGGUCCUGCUGCCAGUUUCCCAAGGACCUCCGUGAACACGUGUGCACGUUACGUGCAUGCACACGAGCGGGUAUCCCUGUGGCUGGGGUGGGACGAGGGUGUCCGUUAAAUUCCAAUAAGCAGUAAUUUCUGCAGCUCUGCUACAGAUAACGCCCCGUAGAGCUUUUUAAAAUAAAAGCUAAACAGAUGAUUGAUACAGAUUCUUUAUUGCCAAAAAGUUUUUCAGUUUCUCAUUUGCAAACUAGAUAAAUGAAAGUCAAGCAUUUUAGAUGGCUUAUGGAAGAAAAUCUUUGGGUAGAGGGUAGCUUGUUGGGUACGUCUUACACAGUGGUCACAGAUGAAUCUCCCUGUGGGAAAGAAAAGUCUGGAGCUGCUGAAUCUGUGACAUCAUAGAAGGCCCUGGGGACUUUCCAGUUCCUUUUUGUCAAAGACAGAUGCCUAGAAUGGAUACCUCCUUUGCUUUCCCUUGACAUGCUCAGCAUCUCUCUUGAACGGUUUAUAUACAACUGUCGCAGGCAUCCUGAGUGGUGCCUCUUGGUGAACAGAGGUCUAGGAUCAUUGCUCCGCUCUGCAAACCGUUCCUACGUUUUGCUCAUCUAUGCAUUAACGCUCAGAGUACCAUUCAUAGCUACAAACUGUAUUCCACACUAGGCAGUGCUGGGACCUUACAGAGGUUCAUGAGCUGUUCGCUAUAACUUCAUACCUUUCUAAUUUAAACGUUAAUGCUAAUGUACCUUUAAUAUGAAUUCCAUUUAUGUUUUUGAAACCUGUAAAUAUGAAUGUUUGAAUUAAAACAACUAUAAUUGCAAGGGUAAUUCAAGUUUACAUGGUUUUUACAUUUGCAACGGUGUGAUUACUUUAUUGAUUCUGUGUACUCAGAGGUAUUGAAAAAAAUUACCAAAUUUUACAACGUCUAUUAAGACUAACUAUAAUUUUAUGUAAACUGACAAACUUGUGCUGAUUAAUGUAUUCUAGUAUGUGAUAGUUUACGUUUUAAUCAUUAUCAAAUAAUUGCCUAUAAUUUGAAAUGCUGUUAUCAGUAAAUGUAAAAUAUUCGAGGCAUUUAACCAUACACCUUAGAACUUUUAAAAAUGUUUUUGUCCUGUAGUAUAAACUGAUGACUGAUAUCUUCAUAUAUGGAUUCAUCAAGGCACCAAGGAAAUUAAAAAUAUGGGAGUAUUUAUUUACUUUUUUGUAACUAAGUUGGAAACAAAAAAAAUUACAAAAGAAAGCACUUAAGGGGAAAACAGUAUUUUCAGUGUCUCUUCCUGGUAUAUCAUAUAUAUCAAUAUAUUACAUACUCCAUGCAAAAUUUUGCUUAUAGUUAGUAUAUAUUAUAUGUGCCCUGGUGUUAGGUUAAAACAGUAAAGUUGACCAGAAACUUUAUAGACGGUACCAAGAAUUUUUUUCUUGGAAAACAUCAAAAUUUUGCAAACUAAAUUAUGAACUCAAGGGCUGACUUUAGUUUCCCACGGUGAUGACUUGAAUAACACCAUCUGUGGGAUGAUUUCUAUACUGGUCCCCUCUGGAGGAACCUGGAAGAUGGCCGUAGGUGUUUCGGGUUCCCUGGAGAGAGCUUCAUUAUCCAUGUGGGUAACAGGUCUGCUUGAUUUAUUAUUAAAUCAUUACAGCAGUGCAUUGAGGGGGAUUUCUCUCAAGCCCCAUUUGAAAGGCUGGAGAAAGGGAUAUACAAAAUAUAUUAAAGGUUUUUAAGAUUGUUCCUGUAUAUAAAAUUACAGAUUGCAGUAAGUUUAGAUACUUACGUAAACCCAAACCGCUAAAUGGACAGAUUACAAAUGUCACCAGCCUCAAGUAUUUCAUGAACUCUUUACUGAAAAUAGUUAUUCUUAAAUAAGUUAUAAUGUGGUAACUUAACAGGGAAAAACAAUCUCAUAGAAGGGAUGAUUAAAAGGGACAUCUAGUGAAAACUAGACUUAAAACACUAAAGUAUAUUCAUGUAUUUUGAGGGUUUUAGAAACCAGUUGCCUUAGAGAUUAGACUUUUGAAAAAUCUUUUCCCCAGGCCAAAGGGAAGUUGCUUUAGUCUGUGACAUCUUAUCUUGUUUUUCUUGAUUUCACGUUUUAGAUAUACUGGUAACUAUUAUACCAUACUAUGAAACAUAGGAUUUUCUGCUACUGAAAACUGCCUUUUUACAAAAAAAACAAAAACAAAAAAACCAAACCUGUAAAUAUUUGUAAAAUAAAACAAACUUUAAGCUCAAAAGGAAACACAGAGCUGUGUAUUAGUUCUUUGAACUGCCAAUGAGCACAGGAACACCCGAUCCGUGAAUGAGCAUUGUAAUCAAUCAAAAAUGAAUAAAUGUUUGUGGCAAACUUA